AUGAAGUUCAUUGAUGAAAAUGAUAUUGAACAAAUUAAUCAAUUCUUAGAUUUUGAUACUAAUGAAUGUCAUAUCAAUGGUGGUUGUGAUUUAUUUACAACUAAACCAGUUGGAUCUGAUAGAAAAUUAUAUAAAACUAUUGAUAAACAUUUUGAUUAUUUAAUUAAUCAACAAGAAUUAGAAAAGGAAAAUAAUAAUCAUGAAAUAAUACCUGGUGAUAAUGGUAACACUAAUCAUAAUGGUAACACUUUUUGGGAACAAAAAAGAAGAUUUAGUUCAAGUGAUGUUCAUCCACAUACUCAAUCAACUUCACCAAAAUCUUUAGAAUCAACUCCAUUUGGUCCUUUAAAUGAAACUGCAAGUCGAAGAACUUUUGCUUAUCUUAUUGGUAUCUUAAAUCAAACUUAUCCAGAUUAUGAUUUUUCAAAUUUAAAUCCAAUAAAUUUUAAAAAAUUAAAUUCAAUAAAUUCUUUAAAAUCAAAAUUUGAAAAUACUUUAAUUUCAUUAGGUAAAUCUUCAGAAUCUUGGAUUUUUGAUAUAAUAAAUUCUCAUAUGGAUUUAAAUGAUUGUAUAAUUUAUGAAUUAAACUUAGGUGAUAAUGAUUCAACAGAUAUAAAUUCAAAUCAAUCAUUCCUAGAUGAUGAACCAGGUCAUUUAUGGACAUUUAAAUGGUUUAUCUUUAACAAGAAACGGAAAAGAGUUGCAUAUCUUUAUCUUAAUGGAUUUAGAAUCACUUCACCAAAAUUAAAUCCAAAUUUAUCUCUUAAUAAGAGAAGAUUAACUAUUGAUCAUGAUGAUGAAGAAAUGGAAGAAUAUGAUUUAACUUGUUCUGAUGAUGAAAAUUAUCAAAAUUAUGAUUAUGAUGGGUUUGAUGAUGCUAUUGAAAGUGAUGAUGGAUUGAAUGUUCAAGGGGUUGUGGGGGAUAUUGAAUUGGAGACAUAA